AGUGGUGUAGGGUCUCUAUGUAGGAAAUGUUUUCAACCGUUUAACUAAAUAUUUAAUUUGAUUUGUUACUGUUGGAAAUAUUUAAUCAUUCUAAUGUUAAUAAUUAUAAAUUAUUAAGAUAGUAAAUUGUGUUGUUAACAAUGAAAGUAAAGGUUUUAUCAAGAAAUCCGGAUGAAUAUUUACGAGAAACCAAACGUGAUAUUCACAAACUUCCUAGGAAUUAUGAUCCAUCGUUACAUCCUUUCGAAGUACCAAGAGAAUAUACUAGAGCUUUAAAUGCCGUUAAAUUGGAUAGAGUUUUUGCUAAACCUUUCAUAGGUUGUUUAGAAGGCCAUAAGGAUGGUGUAUCAGCUGUUUGCAAACAUCCUUUGCGUUUAUCAGUUCUUCUUAGUGGUGCCUAUGAUGGAGAGUUGAAAGUAUGGAAUUUAUCUGAUAGAACAGCAGAACGAUCUUUCAUAGCCCACGAUGGCAUACUUCGUGGUAUUACAUUCACCCCGAGUGGACAGCAUUUCAUGACAAUCGGUGAUGAUAAAACUAUAAAGACAUGGAAAGCUGAGAAACCAUUGUUCGGUGAAGAAGAAGAACCUGUUAAUACCAUUAUUAGCAAAUCCCAGUUAACUGGUAUAUCACAUCAUCGAAAAGAUCCAGUUUUUGUUACUUGUGGAGAUACAUGUCAACUUUGGGAAGAGACAAGGAAUGAACCAAUACGUACUUUCAAAUGGGGUGUUGAUAGUUUACACGAUGUCAAGUAUAAUCCAGUACAAAAAAAUUUGUUAGCUGCUUGUUCUAGUGAUCGUAGUAUUAUUUUAUACGAUGCCAGGGAAACCGGUCCAUUACGAAGAAUUGUUAUGAGAUUACAAACAAACAAACUUUCUUGGAAUCCUAUGGAAGCCAUUACUUUCACAUGUGCCAAUGAAGAUUAUAACUUGUAUACUUACGAUAUUCGUUCAUUAAAAAGUCCAGUUAAUGUACACAUGGAUCACGUAAGUGCAGUAAUAGACGUAGAUUACGCUCCUACUGGUAGAGAAUUUGUUUCUGGUAGUUACGACAAAUCAAUUCGUAUUUUCGAAGUUGAUAAGGGACAUUCGCGAGAAGUUUAUCAUACGAAACGAAUGCAAAGGCUCACGAAUGUGGCUUGGUCUCUUGAUAAUAAAUAUAUAAUUAGUGGUAGCGAUGAAAUGAAUCUUCGAGUAUGGAAAGCUAGGGCGUCAGAAAAAUUGGGUGUGCUCAAACCCAGGGAAAAAACGUCAUUGAAUUAUUCCAAUGCGUUAAUAGAGAAAUUUGCGGCUCAUCCACAAGUACGUCGUAUUGCUAGACACAGACAAGUACCGAAACAUAUUUAUAACGCUCAAGCUGAGAUACGAACUCUUCGUGAAAAGAGUAAACGAAAGGAAGCUAAUAGACGUGCUCAUUCAAAGAAAGGAGCAGUACCGUUUGUACCGGAAAGACAAAAGCAUAUUGUACGACAAGAUGAAUAAGAAAAUAUAUUUAAAUUGUCUUAUAAUUGUAAUCGAGGAUAGAGAAUUGUCUCUAAUUUUUAGGGGUAUGGUUUAAUAUAUAUUUUUUUAUAACUUCACAUUGUUUAUUGCAAUAAAUAAUUUUAUUGAAAUUAUACAACGCAUUGUUAUAAUGAUCCGUAAAUCAUUACAAAUCUUAAGCAUCGAUUAAUGUCUUGCUUAGUGUAGCUUACAGCGGUUUAAUGAUUUUUCUCGAUCGUUCGUGCGAUUCUUUCGCGAAUAUUUCAAUGUUAUUAAUCAAUUGGCGAUAAGUAGGUCAUAUAUAUUUAUGCAUAUAUAUUAUUUUCGUUCAUCGAAACUUGCUUUCUUGUUUGUAAAUAAAAAAGAAUUACGAAUAACAAAUAAAACGAAAAUAUUAUGUUUCAAUAUAUUUCGUUGAUUUUUACGUGUCAGGUCUCGUCGUGGAAUUUAUGAAUUAAAUGCUAAAUUAAACGAAUUAUUUCAAAUUAUAAAUUCGUUCGAACGAUUUGAUAAACUAAGUGUUAGGUAUUCGAAUGAGAUUAUUUCUUUUUAUUCAACUAUAGUUCCGAUGAUAACGUAUAUAACGAACGUUGUUUUAUUACAGACAAUUACUUCAUAUGCCAUACUAUAUUCGCCCUUACAAUUAUUACAAUUAUCGUUUCGGUACUCGUUGAUGAUCGAUACAAAUGGAAUUGAUUUCCUUUUUUUUCUGGCGUACAAAAGAUGGCACGCAAUUUUGCUUUUAUUUAUUUUUUAUUAAUCGUAAUCCUCUGCUUUCUUCUUUCUUGUAUUCUUUUUUUUAUCGGUCGAUAUCACACGUGCGCAAUUAUAUAUUUAUAAUAACACUAGCUACGCUCACAACUUCUGUACAAGACUAGGUUAGUCGAGCGAUUAAAGUAGCACUAUAAUUGUGUCCUUCGAUUCUAAAAAUGUUCCGUUUUUUAUUUAUUUAUUUUUUAUUUAAAUUACUUUGCUUUUCUUUUUUUUUUCUUUUCCCGAACUACUUUGCGACUACUCCCUUCUCGUGUAUCUUUUUUUUCUUCUUCUCUUUUUUUUCUCUCGUUGCUCUCACUUUGACUCUUUAAUUAAUUAAAUUAUAAGCUGCUUUGCGCGUAACGAUAAUUAUCAUCUAUAUACAUAUAAACACAUUUACAUUCAUUUGAUAACGUACUAUCGAGCCGCACGAACAUCAAUAUGGCAUUAAUACCGAGCCACUUUCCAGUCAAUAUCGAACUCACCGUUUAUUUAAUUUCUUAUUUCUUUUAUUCUUUUUCUCUUUCUUUUUAUUUUAUUUUUUUUUAUAAUAUAUAUAUUUAUAUUUAUAUAUUAAAGGGAACACUCGAGUAUGUUAUCAAGUUACACACAUCCAUACAUUACAAUUAACUUAUUACAAGUUAUUCCAGUAGUUCGACAAUCUUUCAUAUUCUCGUUUUCUCCUAAAGCGUACAUCGUCUAGCUUGACUUUGAUCGAUAUUCGUAAUGUACUUUUUGAUUAUAACGUUUGUUCGAUCGUCGUUGAGAGCCUGCUUCGAUGAAGAAAAAAAUAAACUCAGAAAUAUAUGUAUGAUAUUUAAUAAUCGAUUUCUACGUUAGAAUUAAAUGUUAAAUUUUCAACCAAAAUUGAAAGGAAAUUAAAUUAACGAGAAAAGCUUUGACCGGAAUCGUUAAUUUGUCAGACUUUAUCACUUUUAUUUAGUCGAGAAAAUUUCUCUUUGAAGUUUCAUCGAUCGAGGCAGACUUUACGACAAAAUUGCUUUCGAAGCGCACAACAGCAACCAACAACGUGUCGUUCUUUCUUUCUCUCUCUCUCUCUCUCUCUCUCUCUCCCUCUCUCUCUUUUUUAUUUUCCUCGCGUGCGCGCAUCGAUUGACUUUUGAUUUGCACACAAUUUUCUGUGCUAUUCGCUUAAAUUAUAUUUAUAGUCAUAUAGAUUAUUUGAUCACUAUCGACGAACUUGGAACGUUGAUAUUCAAUCGUAAAGAAAAAAAAAUGUUC